AUGCAUGCAGGGGGUUGCGUGUUGAACUUCACUUUAUACCCAUACCAACCAAGCGGAGAAUGCAUCGGAAGCCAACAGAGAAUCAAGCUGUGGGGCAGCCUCCGCACAACCCUCUGCUGUCAAAAUGCUCUCACCACCCUGUCCCGAGCCCUAGCCCGGCGCGCACACGACACGCAGAACUCCGCCAUCUUCCUUGAGCAAGGCCUCUGGGAAAAAUGCAGCGGCCCUUUUCUCCGGCAACCGUCAGUUUCAGCAGACACCUGCGGGUUCGGCCGCUUACUCCACGGCACCAGCCCCUGCACGAGCUUAACUUUGCAGGACGUCAAGCAACGGAUAACAUACAAAGACGCCAUAAAAGCCUGCUCUGGAUUCGGAAAUUUUAACGAUGCUUGCUCUAAUUGCACCACGGCAAUUAUGAAUCUAAGGGAUGAGCUAAUGAUGAUGUCAGGCAGCCACAAGAUGAAAGGUGAAAAAGCCAUGUGUGCCGUGGCUGCUGUUGUUUCUGUUGCGUCGGAGAGCGUCGACGAUAGCUUCGUCAAUGGUGAUUUCUUUCAGUGUUUGACUCGGUUAAGAGAGCUUGAUCCGGAUUAUAUCAAGAUCAAAAAUUCUUUGGGACGGGCAGUAUUAGCAAUCCUAAUAGCGGUUAUGGUAGUAAUGUUGAUCAUUGUGCUGAUAAAAUAUGUGACGAAGAAGAAGAUUGACCCGAAACGGGGCAAAAAUAAAUCAAAAGAGUACAAAAAUACCUGGUCUGGUUUGUAUAGAUUCUCCAAGGAAGAGAUUGAGAACGCCAUCUACUUUGGGAACGAAAUCCUGGGAAGAGGAAGUGCAGGGCAUGUUUAUAAAGGCAUUUUGCCCAGCGGCCAAGAGGUGGCCAUCAAGUACUUGAACCAGAACGGCGAGGCCGAGUCUUUCAGACGCGAAGUCGAAGGCCUUUCGAGGAUUCGACACCCUAACCUGGUUUACCUCUUUGGUUUCUGCAUGGAAGAUGAUUGCUAUUAUCUUGUCUAUGAGUACUGUGCUGGAGGCAAUCUUGCUCAACAACUCUUGAAAAAAGACACUGCUUUGAACUGGGAAAAAAGAGUAAGGAUUCUAAGAGACUGCGCAUAUGCAUUGAAAUAUCUCCACCAUUUCAUGGAAGGGUGUAUUGUUCACAGAGAUAUCAAGCUUACCAACAUCCUUUUAACCGAGAAUUUGGAGCCAAAGCUCUCGGAUUUCGGGUUGGCAAAGAUUAUGAAUAUUGAAGAAAGCAAAGUGUUCACUGACGUUAGAGGAACCAUAGGAUAUAUGGACCCCGAGUACGUAAGCAAUGCCAAGCUAACGAGUGCAAGUGACAUCUAUAGUUUCGGCAUCGUUGCUCUGCAGAUUUUGUCAGGACAGAAGGUUAUUGAGCUGAAUCUUAAUGCUAGAGACCAUCUCACAAGGAAGGCGAAGGAUGUGAGUUUGGGCAAUCGUUCAAUACACGAUUUUGAGGACCCAAGGCUCAAAGGGAAGUUUAACAAGGCGGAUUUCAAAUCAAUCCUUGAGAUUGCUGUCCUCUGCGUUGCGAAAUCAAGCGAAGACCGCCCGAAUAUUGAUAUGGUCUUUUUUGAGAUGGACAAGGCUUGGAAGAACACGAAUGCUUACAAGAAAAUGAAGAAAAAGCAAGAGCCAAGUACUUCAUCGGCUGCUGCAACACCAGCGACUCCGUCCUUGGAUGUGAUUCCAGUUUGA